AUGAAGGCAGGGCAUGGGGAACAACUCAAACCAAGGUUUCCACCUGCCAGGAUGUCUGAAAAGAACAUGUCACCUCCAUCACCACCGUCAUCGUCAUCACCACCAUCAUCAUCAUCGCCACCAUCGUCGUCACCAUCUCCAUCGCCAUCAUCGCCUUCCUCUUCAUCACCUCCAUCGUCACCACCUUCAUCAUCAUCGUCGUCGUCAUCAUCAUCUCCUUCGUCUUCUUCGCUGGAUGAAUCAGAGUCGGAGUCAGAGUCGGAGUCGGAGUCUGAAUCAGAGCUGCCUCCAUCCUCACAAUCACCGCAAUCGCCGUCGCCUCCAUCGCAAUUGCAGUCACCAUCUCCACCAUCCCCGCAAUCGCCGCCAUCACCGCCAUCGCAUCCACCGUCACCCCCAUCGCCACCACCAUCCCCGCAGUCACCGCCGUCGCCUCCGUCACAACCACCGUCACCAUCGCCACCGUCUCCGCCAUCGCCACAAUCUCCACCAUCACAUCCACCAUCCCCCCCAUCGCCACCACAAUCCCCACCACAAUCCCCAUCGCCACCAUCAUCAUAUCCACCAUCACCACCGUCUCCGCCAUCACCGCCAUCGCCUCCGCCAUCACCGCCAUCACCGCCAUCGCCUCCAUCCCCGCAAUCGCACCCACCAUCACCACAAUCGCCACCGUCACCAUCGCAAUCACCAUCACCACCAUCACCACAAUCGCAACUCCUCGCUGCUACUGCUACUACUGCUACUCCUUCGAUAGAUAUAUAUAACGUUUACAGGCGUAGUUUAUAA